CACACACACACAGGUCAUGUGAUAUCCAAUCCUCCUCGAAAAUUGGAGCCUUGAUAUCAACAUGUCAUGUCUACCUUCACUCGUUGUCGCAAUCCUGCAUCUCUCACUCCAACGAACAGCUAACAGCUGAUAGUCCAAGGGGAAGAUCGUGUGUUUCUGUGUCCAUCCAAUCCUCUUCAUACCUCGGAGAAAUCCUACCUAGCUAGGAAGCGGGGUAUAUCGCCCAUCUGGUAACCUCUCUUGGGGGCUAACACGAAGCAGUUAACAAGCCCUUCUUACUUCGACACCAGGAGAAAUAUACAGAAGUGGCUAGAUAUAUAUCGAUUACCACGCAAAGAAACUUUGACAGGAUCUCUACUGAAUCCCCACGCCAAACGCUGCGGAUCGCCUCGUUGGUGUUGGCGAGAGGUGCUCAACGGGUGAGCGUGCACCUUGAUCUCUAUUUAUUCGAAUAAGAGUUCCUUGAGAAAAGGAGAAGAUAGGCUUGCUCAGAGAAGCGUGGAUACGACGUCCAAGCAAUCUACAGAGUAUGCGAAGGAAGAAAGAGAGCAAAACACGAGAUCGUCGAUAUCCUACACCUUUACCCUUCCUCUACCCUUGGCAUGUAAACGUACAUGUGCUAUACGUAUACAUCUACCAACAGGAUAGCAAACAACAAGGAGAAGAGAGAUAGAGAGGACAAAAGAAAUCGAAUAGAAGAAAAAACAGAAGGAGAAAAGAAAAAAAGAAAAGAAAAGAAAAGAAAUCCGAAAACAAAACACAGCCAUGACCAAAUCAGACCCUCUCUCCCCUCCACUCCCGCAUUCCAUCUCCACCUCCGCCUCCACCCCGCUCUCUACACCACCCCCAACUUCCACCACCACCAUCACAACACCCCCUUUCCCAAAACCCACCAUAAUCCCUCCCCGCGGCCCGCACACCCACACCCUAAUCCUCCUCCACGGCCGCGGUGGUAACUCCCUCGACUUCAGCUCGGCUCUCAUGACCUCCCCCAUGGAGCCCCCCACCUCCACGAACCCGGAUCGCUCAUCCCUGUCCCAGCGCUUCCCAGGUGUCAAAUUCGUCUUCCCAGACGCCAGGAUCGGCCGCUCCACAGCGAGCGGCAAGGUGAUGAUGCCGCAGUGGUUUGAUGUCGUGACGCUGCGGCCCGUGUAUGAGCGGGAAUGGGAGCUGUCGCGGGACGGGCUCAGGGCGUCGGUGGGGUAUUUGAUGGAGCUGGUGAAGGAGGAAGGGAGAAUAUUGGGCGGGGUUGGGAGGGUUAUUGUGGGCGGGUUUAGUCAGGGGGGUGUGGUUGCGUUGGGGGCUGCGGUGGCUUUUGAUGCGGAGGCUGAUGGGGGUGGGGAGGCGUUGGGGGGUUGUGUGGCUAUGAGUCCCUGGUUGCCGUUCCAGAGGGACCUGAUAAGGUUGGUUGGGAGUGAGGGAGAGAAGGAUACAGGCACAGCUGUGGUAGGCGAGGAGGAGGAAGAGGACAAGGACAGGGCCCCGGAGCCCGACCCGAGCCUAGCUGUCAAAGCCAAAACCUGGUUCCGAGAGAAUAUAUUGGGCAUCCCGCCGCCGCCCGUCGCCACGGACCCACAACCGCAGUCACAGUCAUCAGCUUCACCCCCCAAGACCCCCAUCUGGAUCGCGCAUGGGGCGCUGGACGAGCAUGUGUUGCCCCAGUUUGGCGAAGACGCUGCGAAGACGCUGGAAGCGUUGGGCUGGAACGUCACGUUUAUGCUGUAUGAUGAUUUAUCCCAUUGGAUUAUGCGAGAUGAAUUGGCGGAUUUGGCGAUUUUUUUGAAUGUCGUGGCUGGUGUUCCGGAUGAGGAGUGAAAAAUUCCGGUUGCCUCUUCGGGCCGUCCGGCAUAGGGAUUGGAAACAGGGGUGGAAAGAAAAAGAAAGGGGGGAGGAGGGAGUUGGGGGGUGGGGGGGGGGGGGGUUAACCCACGAGAGCGGGGAACGAGAUGAACGUUUUUACUCUUUUUUUUAAAUUUUUUUUUUUUUUUUUUUUUUAAAAAAAAAAAAUAAUAAUAAUA